UUUUGUAUUCGCGGAAAAAUUUUAAGAUUAACAAAAAACGUCUACACUUUAAAAAACUAAAAAUGAUUCUUGUAAGUUGAAUACUAAUGGAAAAGACUCACUGCGAUUCCUAUGUUUACACUCUCAACACACCCAAAUCCUCAUCCCUCUGAAUCUAUGUGCAUUUUUUUUAUCGCGUUCUUGAUUUCUGGGUUCCCAGCCCCCACCACCUCAUACCGCCGCCGCCGCCGCUUAUGUGAAGUAAUAGUUCGAAUUUCAAGACAAGGAUUGAUAUCGAUUUGAAGUCUUGAUGGCUGACUGGUCAGAUCUUCCUCGAGAGCUUAUUGUCUAUAUAGCUAAAAGCAUGGGUUCCUUGGAAGAGUUCAUUGUUUUUGGUGCUGUUUGCAGAUCAUGGAGAUCAGCUGCGACCAAAGAAAACUACUUUGCAUGUGAAUUACCAUCAACACGUCAAGUUCCCCUCCUGAUGCUUCCAAAGAAGAAGAGUGCUACCACCUGUAAGUUUCACAGUCUAACAAAAGGUAAGCUUUGCGAACUUGAUCUGUCCGAAAUUGAGGGCAAGAUGUGCCUUUCUUCAUUAGGAUGGCUGCUGACUGUAUCUAAAGAUUUGAAAUUUAGUCUGAUACAUCCUUUAAAUCAUGCCCGAAUUGAGCUGCCGGAUGGACAUCCUAAUUUGCCACCCGCAUUCUUUGAAGCCAUAAGGAAGUUUGUCUUAUCAUCGAGCCCGUCUUGGACGUCGAAUUAUAUAGUCAUGGUCCAUGGAUUUAGCAGUUUGGCAUUUUGCAGACCAGGAGAAAAUUGGAUAAAAGUAAAUUUAAGCACACCAAUAUUAGUUGAUCUAACUUAUUACAAGGGACAGUUUUAUGUCGUGGACUUAGAUGGUUGUGUUUCUGUUUGUGAGAUUGAAGAUGGCGCUAAUCAAGCAAAAUUAAGGGUUGUUGCUCCAAACUUUCCAAAGGAACCUUUCGGUCCUAUGAUGAAAAGCCGUAAAUUAAUUUAUUUGGUGGAAUCAGCUGGAGCCCUGUUGUUGGUUUUGUGUUUGUCCAACCCUAAAAUCUGUGAUUCAACUACUGGCUGUAAGGUUUUCAAGGUCCCAUUUAGUACUAAUGGCAAUUCAUGGGCAGACAUGGAGGUGAAGAAUUUGGGGAAUAGAUCUUUGUUCUUGUGUACAAACUCUUCUUCCAUCUCUGUUGAGGCCUCAGAGAAUUCCAGAUGGAAGGCUAAUUGCAUAUACUUCAUGAAUAAUAAACAUGUGUAUUUGAGAGUAGACAUGGACAUGGGUAUUUUUAGUAUGGAUGAUGGACAAAUUGAGCGACCCUUUGACAAAUCCUAUAAUGUCUGUUAUAAAGGAAGGCAUUUUGAGACAUCGCAUUUGUGGAUUGAACCAAGUUUCUAAGCAGGGGUCAUUUGCUAAUUUUAUUAUUUUUUAACUUAAUCGAUGUAAUUGUUCGACUAAGUAAUUUACCUCGUUGUCACAGAUUAAUUGGUUUUUUUUAUUCCAUGUAAUUGUUCUCUCUGUUCCUCAUGGAGGUGUGUUUUGCUUUGGGCAAUAUAAUGUUGUUUCUCUUAUAAAAUUAUGAUUUUUCAA